CUGCUGUGAGACCGGUCCUGUGCAGCCACGGCUCCUCGUGCCACAACUUUCCUCCGUGGGCACACUGAGCACCUGCUCACCGCGAGCCCCUGCGCUGCCACUGCCGUGGUGACGGAGCUGGGGGCACCGGGGCCGUGCCUGGCACCUGGCUGCCACGUGGGUGCCAGAAAGGGGCAGCUGCAUCCUUUGGCUUUGGAAGCGUGGUGGGGCUGAGACGGGGCCUCAUCCUGCCCCAGCGGAGCCCUCACCCACAGCAAUGCCAUCCCAGAUCCCCGCGUGUGCCCGCUGAACACCGGUGCCAACUGCAAGAUGGGUGCCGGGACGGCAUUGGGCACCGGUGCGAGAGGGAUGCAGGUCAUAGCCUGGCCCAGAGCUGCCUCCUCUUGUGGUGAGCAAACAGCCCCAGAGCUCAGCCUGAUGGUGUGAGGCUCCCCAGCACCAUGGCACUGGCUGGGUGAGCCCCACCAGCGGCACUGCUGAGGGCGAGGAAGAUGCCAACGCAGCUCCGGUGCUGCCCAUCCCGCUGUCCCCCUCGCCCAGGCGCAACGGCCACCGGAGCUGAGCGAUGGAUUCCUUCUGCUUCGUCUGCUUCCAGAAAGAGGAGCUGCAGCCCCUGCACCUCCACAGCGCAGCCAUGAGCGCCGGAUCGAUAGAGCAGGAGCCGUCGCGCAAGCUGGCGUGCUGCGGGGUGCCGCUCAUCACCGAAGACAUGCAGUCCUUGGCCAUCCGCACCCUCUCGGGCACCGACAUCAACAAACACUACGACCUCAUCCGCGAGCUCGGCAAGGGCACCUACGGCAAGGUGGACCUGGUGUCUCACAAAAGCACAGGCACCAAGAUGGCCCUGAAGUUCGUCAACAAGAACAAAACGAAGCUGAAGAACUUCCUGCGGGAGUUCAGCAUCACCAACACGCUCUCCUCCAGCCCCUUCAUCAUCAAGGUCUUCGACGUGGUCUUCGAGACAGAGGACUGCUACGUCUUCGCUCAGGAGUACGCCCCAGGAGGGGACCUCUUUGACAUCAUCCCCCCGCAGGUGGGGCUCCCCGAGGACAUGGUGAAGCGUUGCGUGCAGCAGCUGGGCCUGGCGCUGGACUACAUGCACAGCAAGAGCCUGGUGCACCGGGACAUCAAACCAGAGAACGUGCUGCUCUUCGACCGCGACUGCCGCCGCGUCAAACUGGCCGACUUCGGCAUGACCCGCAAGGUGGGCUGUCGGGUGAAGCGCAUCAGCGGCACCAUCCCCUACACGGCGCCCGAGGUGUGCCAGGCCGGCCGCGCCGAGGGCUUCGCCGUGGACACCAGCAUCGACGUCUGGGCCUUCGGGGUGCUCAUCUUCUGCGUCCUCACCGGGAACUUCCCCUGGGAGGCGGCGGCCGCCUCCGACACCUUCUUUGAGGAGUUCGUGCGGUGGCAGAAGGGCCGCCUGGCGGGGCUGCCCUCGCAGUGGCGGCGCUUCACGGACAGCGCGCUGCGCAUGUUCCAACGCCUGCUGGCCCUCGACCCCGAGAAGCGCUGCCCCGUCAAGGAGGUCUUCUACUUCAUCAAGUACGACCUGAUGGCCGAGGUGCGCCGCCGGCCCUCCUACCGCUCCCGCAAACACGCCGGGGACAAGCUGCCCGCCGGGCCGCACCGCCACGAGCCUGGCGCCUCCUGCACGCCCGCCCCGCUCAAGAGGACCAUCCUGACCGACGGCCCCGGCACGCGGCUCAACGGCCCCGAGCCCAGCGCCGCCUCGUCCGGCCCAGCCAGCAGGACAGAUGGACGGCAGGACAAGGGCAAGGGGCAGAUGGUGCUGGCCACAGCGAUAGAGAUCUGUGUCUGAGGGCGCGGGGCGGUGCGUGGCCCCGCUCCCGGUGGCGCCGUCCCGUCCCUUGGCUGCGGGUGGCUGCAGGGCCGGGGGCUGCGCCUCCAUACACAGAAACAAGAAGAGGACAGAACUGGUUGCGCUCAGUAGCACUGAAGAUGCCGGUGCCGCCAUCUGCCCAGCGGGCAGGAGCUGGGGGGCACCGGUGCUGCCAUCCCCAUCCCGGUGGCCUCGCUGCCCCUCCGGGACCCCCCCACGGUGCUGUGGGGGGAGGUCCUCCUUGACAAUGCGACGGGGCUGUGCGGGGACCCUGGGAAGGCCGAUGAGCCCACGCUUGGAGGAGGCCUUCAGGGUGGCCCCCGCCCCACACCGGGCACCGGGAGGGGACGAGGGGACCGGGAUGGAGGGGACCCCCCCGGCCCCUCCCUGCCACGAUGUAGCAAGUGUCACUGCGUGCCGCCCCAUCCUCCCUGCCCGGAGCGAUGGCCGCAGCGAUGCUCUCUGACAGGGGGGGACAGCCAGCCGGGAGCCACGGGGUCACCCUGAGGACCCCCACGCCGCUGUCCCCUCCGGCCCCCAACUACCGCACAAAGGGCUAUCAUCACGCUCCCGAAGCAGCAGCAGUUUACACAGCAGUCGCCAGGCAGGUGGGGUCCCACUGCCCCUGCGCCCCCACCACCGGCGCCGCUGCCCCGUCCCCACGUCCCCAUGCCCCCGUGUCCCCAUAUCCCCAUGUCCCCGUGUCCCCGUGUCCCCGUGUCCCCGUAUCCCUGCGUCCCCGUGUCCCCCCGCCCGCAGGGCCCAGGUCUGGUGGUAGAAGUAGCACUGCACAGACGUAGAGAUGUUAGGUGCGGUUCGUCCUCCUUUUUGCCUUAGGUCCCUCCACGUCCCGAUCUUUCGUGCAAUAAUGUAGAUAAGGAGCCCCGGUGCCGAUGGCCGCGCUGCCGCUCGGUUUCGGGUUUUUAUUUCGGGUUCCCCCGGCCGCCGGGCGCCGGAUCUUCUUCCCGUAGGAGAGGCUGUAGUGUCACAGACGUUACCUCAGUUUGUCACUGUCAAAAAGGAAAAAAAAAAAAAAAAAAGU